GGCCGGGCCGCGCGUCAGAACUGGCUGCCCAGCUGCAGCCGUUGGCCGCCGCCGUGGACCGCGCUGGCCCUGCGCGCCGGCCCCGGGAGCCCCCGCGGGACGCAGAAGAGGCCCCGGCGGCCGGGCAGACCCGCAGCCCCGAGCCGUGGGCCGGCCCCGCGGGCAUGUCGGAGGCGCGGAAGGGGCCGGACGAGGCGGACGAGAGCCAGUACGACUCGGGCAUCGAGUCCCUGCGCUCGCUGCGCUCGCUGCCCGAGCCCCCCGGGCCCUGCCCCGCGCCGCGGGGCCCCGCCGAGGAGCCGCACGGCCAGCGGCCGGACCCCGCCUGCGGCCCCGCGCCGCCCGCCGACGCCCGGCCUUUGUCGGGGAGCCCCGGGACCGAGCCCCCCGCCGGAGCCCUGAGCCCCCAGCAGCUGGAAGCGCUCACUUACAUCUCCGAGGACGGGGACACGCUGGUCCACUUGGCCGUGAUUCAUGAGGCCCCAGCUGUGCUGCUCUGUUGCCUGGCGCUGCUGCCCCAGGAGGUCCUGGACAUUCAGAACAACCUCUACCAGACAGCGCUCCAUCUAGCUGUGCAUCUGGACCAGCCGAGUGCUGUUCGGGCCCUGGUGCUGAAGGGGGCCAGCCGGGUGCUCCAGGAUCGGCGUGGGGACACAGCCCUGCAUGUGGCCUGCCAGCGCCAGCACCUGGAUUGUGCCCGCUGCCUGCUGGAGGCACGGCCAGAGCCAGGCAGAGGAUCUACCCACUCUCUGGACCUCCAACUGCAAAACUGGCAAGGUCUGGCCUGUCUCCACAUCGCCACCUUGCAGAGGAACCGCAGGCUGAUGGAACUACUGCUGGGGAACGGAGCUGACAUAGACGCGCAGGAGGGCACGAGUGGAAAAACAGCCUUGCACCUGGCCGUGGAGACCCAGGAGCGGGGCUUGGUGCAGUUCCUGCUCCAGGCUGGCGCCCGGGUGGACGCCCGCAUGCUCAACGGGUGCACGCCCCUGCACCUGGCCGCUGGCCGUGGCCUCAGCAGCAUCGCAUCCACCCUGUGCGAGGCAGGGGCCGACUCCCUGCUGCGGAACGUGGAGGACGAGACGCCGCAGGACCUGGCGGAGGAUCCCCUUGCUCUUUUGCCCUUCGACGACCUGAAGAUCUCCGGAAAGCCACUGAGGUGCGCCAACUGAAGCCAGGCUGGCUCUGGGGCCCCCAGGACACUGCCUUGCUCCUCCGGACGCCGGGAGCCACAGCAGCUGCAGUUUGCUUCCAGGCCCGUGCCCUUCCUGUGUCCCCAGGGCUGCUGAGGACAGCCAGUGGCCGGCAGGCAGGAGCGAGAGGAGGAACCCAAAGCGAGAGCAACCGUCUGGAAGGCCGAGUGCUCCAGACAGCAGAGAUGCUGGGACAGUUGCCCCCUUUCGCCGCCCCACCCCCUUGCCAAGCCCUGGAUGACCUGUGCAAAGCCGGUCUGCCUCCCCUGAGGUGGGCCGGGCCUUAUUGGCUCAGGCUGGAACUGCCAACCUGUAGGAAAGCAUGGAUGCAUGGACCCCCCCCAGUGGGGCAGGACUGAACAAGGAACCCGCAGGAGCCUGAGGGAUUCCACCUCAUUGCUGAGAACUCUGACUGAAAGGUGAAAGACUUCACACAGGAGCCCCCCAGCUGGCCGCUGGGGAAGAGGAACUCUCGAUGACACAACACUAAACCUGCAGAGACGCUGCUCGCGCUCUGCCCCAGUUGUUUUGUGUACGUGCAUGUCUGUGUGUUGGGAAAUUUCAGGCGGGCCACUCUGUGACCUUGUGGUGGCGGCAGGGAGAAGGCUGGGGCCUCGCUGGGGAGGGGAGAGGAACCCACAGUCCUCAGGCCUCUUCUGUGGGAAUGCGGAGGGGCUGAGGAGGGAAAGGGCGACCCAGGUGGGAGGCUCCCCCCUCCCCGCCACCUCCAGGGCCCAUCUGGAGAGCCCGGAGCAGAUGGGCCGGCCUGGGAGGGUGACACAAGGCGGCCACGGCUUUUAACUGACUCUCUUUCAUUCCACACAUGUCAGGUCAGGCUCCACUGCCAUGAGGAAUACGGGGAGUAAAUCAACAGCCUCUGGCCCCUUAGAGCUCACAGUCCCGUGAGCAGGGCAGUCGUUCAUAAACGUGCAAAUAAAUACGCUAUUGUGAAU